GCUGGAUUAUGGAUUAACUACCCCACGACUGGCCGGACAUAUAACGAUUUUAGUGAUGUCUUCCUGAUCGGCUUACCAAUGGCUAUCAUAGACUACAGGAUAUCAAUUGUUUUAUUGGCUUUGAGCACUUGCUUCGUGACGUCGAAACCUUUAGGUUCUGCCGCUUCAGUCGCAGAUAGUACAAUAGCACUGCUGAUGAAAAUAGCUGAAAACGUCUCAAACAUAAAGGAUAUGAUUGAAACAGUUAUGAUAAGGAGAGAUAUGGCAGACGGAAAUGGUAUUGGGGAUAAUGCAAACACAAAAACAAAGCUUCUACAACAGUUGAAGUCAUAUCUUGAUUUAAGAAACUAUGCUCAAUCGUCCCAAUCGAUGAAAAAGCGUCAGCCUGAUCUCGGAUUCUAUGCAGUACGAGGAAAACGAAACACUAAAUCUUCAGAUUGAAAAGCGACCAGUUACAAAUGCGGAUACACUCAACAGGACUUGAAGAUUCUUCGCAGAUUGAUUGCGUCAGAUAUCUGCAACAACUAAACGACUGGUGACGCCACACUUGUGCCAUGGUACAGGAUAACAUGCAGUUGUUUAUAGUUAAACAGUGUGACUAAAACAAGGGACCUCUGGGACAAUAAGACAUUUUAUGAAAAUGUUAACAAUGCGGUCCAUAGAACGGACUCAAAAUCAAUGCGAAUGUGUCGAACGGACUUUUAUACAAUUGAAAUGUGAAAUUUGUUGCAAACGUUCGAACCUUGCAAUCUUGGACAAAAUUGCAAAAACUUGUAGCCCGAAAGUCACAAAUCAAAUUUUUUCAACAAUAAAGCGAACCAAUCACAGAAAUUAAUAAAUGCAAAAUAAAAUAAAAACUGAAACAAACAACGUGUAUACAUGUAUUUACACGAACAGCACCACAGAUAUAUCUCAGUCUACAGUGGACCCAACACAAGAUUAGACUAUAGCCAUAAUAUCCCUUAUAGCAUAAGCUUCUGACUUUACACGUCUCUAUUAUCUUGCAAAUUGGUGGUUCAUUUAUGAGUUACUGUUCCACCAAAUAUUGUGUAACCCGAUAUUUCAAUUUACCUGGACGUAUUAUAGGCACAGAUGAGAUUUAGUGAUAUAUUCUGCUCUCUUGUAGAUUUGCUUGCACGUGGCCCAUAAUGCAUUACUUUGUUUUAAUAUUCAGAUACACACAAUUGAUAAUGGUCACCUUGAAAGGUUAGUUCGCUCCUAUGAUGAGUUCUGAAAUAUAUUUUAAUCAAUUUUAAAACGAUUUUAUUCGCAGGUUGAAACAUAUAUCAAAUCCACAAUAGUAAACUAUUUUAAAGGCAAUGUUGUGUUCAAUCAGCCCAUGCUAACGGGCUUAUUUAGAGCGGUUUAAACCGCUUGUCUUGUCAGCGAUGUAAAUCACUUUAUAAUUUCUUUGGAAAAAAAGCAGACGAAAACCUAAAAAAAAUGUAUUUUUAAAGCUGUAUGUGCUCCACGGACAAAAACUUUCGAAGUUCACCUGACGUCACACAGUGCAAAUGGCUCCCAAUCCACGUUGGGGAACAAUAAAUUCGCACCUAAUUCUUGCAAAUAAUGACGGCCCAUCGUGACACCUAUUUUGGUCAUGACUAAAGAAUCAGGUCGAGGUCAUGUUAGUUCCAAAUUCAUCUCUUGUAUUAUAUAGCGGGUGCGCGUAUAAUUAAUCCGUUUAAUCGACUAAAAAUGGUAUGAUGUACUGAUUGGCCGGCAGGUGCCCCGGCUAUAUGGGUAGAGCGGUAGCCUGCCAUGCCGUCGAUCCCUAUAUCGAAUUCCACCCUUGGCGUCACAAUUGUCAAGCUAUUCUCUCUACUUUGAAAUCAAUUUGGUGAAAAACACGAGUCUAGACGUUAUGCCCUAGACCUGAUUCGUUUACCCCUUCCACCCAUGUCGACCACAUAGCGACCGCCGUCUUGAACGUGUUUCACAUGAUAAUUUAGUCUUAAGAUUAGAUCAUAAAAUAUGUAGCAAUAAUCGUUGGCCAUUAUAAUAAUGGCUUUCAAACCACAGGUUCAGUUCACGAGAUCAGAGUCGUUUAAAGAUCAUGAUCACAGUGUCUCAGAAGUAUAAGGUAAACUUGGGUAAUUGUAGUCCAUUUCUUCAACUAUUACUUCUAUUACGCAAAACAUUUCCAGGCAGAUUUAUCAAAUCCGUCCUGAAUCUUGUUGUGGCACCUCUUCAAAUAUCAUUGCCUGCAAUUCAAGGCACUUCAUCUAAAACAAUGCCUCUGAGGGACAAUACACACGACUUGAGGUCAGGGGCUACAAUUAUCCUGUGUUUGUGGUAACUGGCUGAAAUUUCUAAUUGCUUGAUUGUUGAUGGAUUUUAAUGGUAAUAAACAUUUCAAUAUUAUUCAAAUCUAAUUUUACAACGAAGCUUUCCUGAUCAGUACAAACAAAAAUGUUAUUCUUUGAACUAAAGAGAAAAUAAAAUGUUUCAUACUAACACUCUCCCAAAAAUUGCUGAUAAAUGCAAAGUCCGAUUUACCCAUUUGCUAUAUACAAUGUACCUAGUGUCAUACAACAGCUUGUGAUAUUCGGAAUUGACCUACGGUCAAGCUAGUAUGAGCGCCAUUAAUGAAACUGUAGUUUCAGGUACUAGCUACGUCGGAGACAUGCAUUAUAUCACAAUAUUUAGGGGGCCACCGCGAUGUCUUCCGAUUUGUUCUUUACUCUCCAAGUGGCAUCCUUCUAGGAUCAAGAGUCAAAUACGGGGACUUAUGCUUUCACACGGCUCUAUCAGCCCCAUUUCAUUUGCCCAAUUGUUUUGUUUCGUUUCCAACCUAUGAGGGUUGGCAAACUCAUCACGAUGAAUAAAACAUUCACCGUGUGGCCAGUAAAUACCAAUAUAUUUAUCAGACAACUGUCGGAAAAGUCGAUCGUUGCAACCAGCGCCAUAAAUAGAACAUAUUAAAUACGUGAGGUCCCUCACUACAUCAGUUCUUUACUAAUCAUACUAAGUACUCGUGAUAUAACCCACACUUCAUGCAAAUAUAAUAUACUAUGGCUGGUGA